AUGAAAAAAAGAUUCAAAUUAAACGACGGAAGGCAAACAACACUUGAUCGGUUUUGGAAACCACUGGAUUCCUAUCAUUCCUAUCACGAAUCAGAUGAUGAGUCGCGUAAACUUUCCAGAGAAAAGGCACUAAGCAGUAAUUCAUUGUCAAAUGAACCGCGUUAUGAAGCAGAAUUGAUUAAUUCAUUUCGAGGGUGCCCACUCUCACCCCGCAAAUCACUGAAAAUUCGGAUGUUUCCCUCUGUUAAUGCAUCGGAAAAAAUGGAUAAACAUUUUUCAACCGCUGAUAUGGUUUGUAACAAAAGCGAAAAUCAGGCAAAUGACAGAGCCGAAAAAACAACUUUUGCUGAAUCCGGUAAUUUACUCGAUGGUGUACCCCUAGUUGCUAAAUCACCUCCAAGCGAUACAGAAGCCUCGCUGCCUGUAACUGGAAAUACACCAGAUGGUUCAUUAAAAUAUGAUUUGGGUGCCUCCACAUCAUCCAGUUUGAAAAAUGGAAUUUCCUCAUGCAAAGCUCACAGUUAUAGAAAGAAACGGGUACACAAGGAAUCUCACAGAACUAAUUUAUCUCACGAAUUAUUAACUCUUCCACGGAUACAUACAAUAACAAUUGGUAAUUUUGAACUGGAACCACCGUAUACCUCACCAUUACCGUUAGAGCUUGUUAGGAAAGGACACCUUUACGUUUGUGAAAAGUGCCUAGAUUUCAAGGAAAGCAAAGAAACACUAGAAAGACAUGCAAGCAAAUGUUGGUUGGAUUUUCCACCAGGUGAUGAAAUAUUUCGUCAAGACGAUAUUUCGAUAUUCGAAGUUGAUGGAAAUAUUGCCAAAGGCUACUGCCAAAACUUAUGCCUCUUAGCUAAGCUUUUUAUCGAUCAUAAGACGUUAUUUUAUGAUGUUGAACCAUUUCUCUUUUAUGUUUUAGCUAUAUGGAAUUCAUCUGGUUGUCAUCUGGCAGGUUAUUUUAGCAAGCAGAAGUGCAGUUUAGAGAAUAAUCUUUCUUGCAUACUUACUCUACCAUCGUAUCGGAACAAAGGUUAUGGACGUUUUCUGAUCGAUUUCAGUUUUCUUUUAUCUCGACGAGAAGGAACAACUGGAACACCUGAACGGCCACUAUCUGAUAUGGGCAAUUUGGUUUACAGAAGUUACUGGCGUAGUAUUGUGCUUGAAUAUUUCAAAAGGCCAAGCUGUGCUUCUGUUGCGGUUCUGACUUUUGCGGAUAUUGCAAAAACCACGGGUGUUUCAGUAGAAGAUAUAAUACAGACAAUGAAAGAUUUGGGAAUGCUUCAUUUUGAUCAGAAUGGAGAAAUAGAGUCCUUCAUUAUCAAUAAGGAUCUCAUUGACUUACAUUGGGCUAAAGCUGAAAGCGACACGAAACGCAUUUGGAUCGACGAAGACAAUUUAAUAUGGGAGCCGAAGCAGUUUCCCUUGGUGGAAUGUGCCAGUGACGAAAGUAGCGGGACUUGA